GGUUGACGCAUACUGGCGAACGAAGACCUCAAAACGUGGCAGCGAGAGCUUAGGUCUGCGAUCGCCAUCUUCGACUGAUCCUGAUGUCGAAAGAUAACGUCAAGCUUGCGUAAUUGGGAUUUAUUUAGUCUGCUAGUUUGCAUGUGUCCAUAUCGCUGAUCACAGUGACCAGCUGGACAAGCUCGCAGGACGUGAGCCGAAAGUGCCUUGGGCAAAUGCAGAUUUGUUGUCUCACCAGACGCCAGCUUCGUGUUUCAAAGCGCGCAUACUAUUCUCAGACAUCUGACGUGAGGGCAAGAUGAUAGUUAACGAGCACACAGCCCUCGCUACAGGCUCAAUACUUCUGGUACCUUACAGUGAGAACCAUGUCCCGACUUACCACGAAUGGAUGCAAGACCCAGAGCUCCAAGAGGCCACGGCUUCGGAACCCCUGAGCAUGGAAGAGGAGUAUGCUAUGCAGCGCUCAUGGCGCAACGAUCGCGACAAGUUAACGUUCAUCGUCUGUAAACCUCUGGAAUCAAGCUCAUCGCCCACUGAGGCAGCGCGUAUCACAGUUGCCAGGGCAAAGGUUGACGAUGCAGAAGAUCGCAUGAUUGGCGACAUUAACCUGUUUCUCUUUCCACCUGACUCCGAAGAAAUGGAGGAAGACGUCGCAGCCUUGGGCGGGAGCAUAGUUGGCGAGGUGGAACUUAUGGUUGCUCGCAAAGAGUUUCAGCAAAAAGGCUAUGGGAGAGCGGCAUUGCUCACGUUCUUGGAUUACAUUUUGACGAACUGGAGUCUGAUCGCUCGAGAAUACGCUCAAAGCCCUGCCAGCUCUUCGACACAGGACACGAGACUUGACAAAGCCGAGACGGAAGCAGCAAGUGUCCCAAGCGAUGCAGGCCGCCUCGCAGUGACCCCACAAUUGGCUUUUCUGAGGGUCAAGAUCAAUCAGACAAAUGUAGGCAGCAUUAGGUUGUUUGAGAGCGUCGGGUUUGUCCGCACUGUCGACGAGCCCAACUAUUUUGGCGAGUUGGAGCUACGUUGGCUACCAGAUGUCAUGAUACUGAGGAGACAGAAGGGCUGGGAAAAGGCCAAUGAGUUGAUCUAUCGCGAGCUGGACGAUGAGGGAUUCCGAAAGGAGCUGAGUAAGAGAGAUUGUUGAAGCAUGUGAGACAUUAUUACGAUCGAUCUCGAUGGAACAGGAUCGUGAAGAUGGCUUGAGG